UCAUUAAUCAUUUUACAGUGUUAGGUGCUUAUUCAUUAGCGCGUUGCUCUCUUGUUUCUACUAUUUCGUAUAGACACAAACGAAAUAGUUUUUUGAUCUGACAAUAAAUAAGGAAUAAAAUGAAGUUUAUGUGCAAGUGCUCAAAUUUUAUUAUGUGGUUUGGCUACUUUCCCACGAUUUUGUGCGCAAUGUCUUUAAACCAGUAUGCGUUGGUGCUUUCCCGGCAAGCAGAUAGAACGUAUUACCAAACAAUCCCGAAGUCUGUUUGCAAGAUUAAACCAUAUAGAUCAAUUAAGUCCUGCCGCCUUUUGCGGACCAAUCAAAUUCUUUUGCGUUCACUGUCGGACAAAUACAUGCGCCAUGAUUUCAACUACUGGAAGAGAGUGGAAUCAGCCGAUGUUGCAGUAACUUCCAGUCAUGACUUACGCAACAUCGUUCGGCAGACUCAAUUCGGGAAGGGGAUAAUAAGCAGGAUAAAAAGAUCAGCUGAAGUAAAAAUCCGACAAAAAAGAUCAAGCACAGUCACCUACAAUCCAUGUUCAGAGAGAUUUUCUUCUCCUGUACCCGUACAAACCGGGAGAGACGCAAACACUGGUGAAGCACUUGAGAUUUACCGUCCAAACCGGGGGUACCAAACAUUUGCCAUUCGUCCUUGCACUGCAUCGGGGUAUAUGGGGUUGGUAUGCGAGGUUACCUACGUUGUUUAUUUCGAAGCGGUGACAAAAGCUAAUUCAAACAUCGUUCUUCAUAGGCCAAUAAAAAUUCCUAUCGAUUGUGCUUUACGGGCGCCAAGACCACAAGCAGCCUCGCUGAGUUAA